ACAUCCAAUGCACAACAGAAAGUUACUUGACCAUAGAAUUAACCAUUCAAAUGAAUUAACUAACGUGAGUUGUUUUUAGGUUCCGACGAUAAAGAGUCUGUGAGUUCUGGUACUGGCCUUUACAAUGGACCACCAAUAUUUCAAAACCUCUUGCUGCGGUUCUUGGACAAUGAUGCGCCCGUAUUGGAUGAGAGCCCUAACGCUCCGCCGGGCAACAGGCAACAGUUCGCUAACUUAGUGCAUCUAUUCGGUGAACUUAUUCGGCGGGACGUAUUUUCUCAUGACGCGUACAUGUGUACUCUUAUUUCUAGAGGUGACUUGAUAUCUCCUACGGAACCAACUACCUCUAGCAAUAGCGGCAGCGGGCACACAGUGGCGCCUCCAGUGAAUAGUACUGGAACUAACCACAAUAUGGACGAUGACAUAUUCGCUGGCAUCGAUCUCAAACCACCCAAAAUGGAGGAAAAUGUUAGAAUGGAUUUAGACGAUUCAAAGAUUGACGAUGAUUUAGAUAAGCUAUUGCAACAUAUCAAAGUGGACCAACAAAAUUCAAUGGAUGCUCCGGACAGCCCCAAGGACCCUGGGGAACCUUCACAUAGCGUUACUUCACCUAUGAUGGGGCCAAGUGGAAUGGGCAUCCCGGGUAUGCCAUCCAUGGCUAUGGGACCAAUGUCUGUUCCAGGUAUACGUACGACUAGCGCGGGUCCCUCUAGCGCAUGCGCAGCGCCGCCGCUAGUUUCCUGCCAUUAUCACUACACUAUGCAUUUCCCUCUGCCACCGGCGGAACCCGAACACACUCCCCAUGAUGCAAACCAGAGGCAUAUAUUGUUGUACGGUGUUGGAAGACAGCGCGAUGAAGCCAAACAUGCGGUUAAGAAAAUGACUAAAGGUAAAGUUUACAUGAAAAUUUGCACAAAUUAAUCAUGAACCUUUUUUCUGGCAAGUAUUGUUAAAUGGAGGUUAUGUUGAUAAUGACUGUAAGACGACGUUAAAACGCCUUAAAAUAAAAUUUGUACAAAUGAGACGUGUUAAAAGCAGUUUAAAUUUGUUUUAUUAUAUAUCAAACUUUCUUUUUUUUGCAUUUUGUAAAUAAAUCCAAUAAGGAACAUGUGAACGAAUAUUUUUAUUUUCUUUGCAGAAAUAUGUAAAUUGUUCUCCAAGAAGUUCUCUAUCGACGUGGCCGAAGGUGGUAAAAUUAAGAAACACUCACGCAGCGAGUUUAAUUUUGAAGCUGUCACUCACAAAUUCCAGGCGAUGUCGAUGUACGAACAAGGUGCGGUCUCGUGGGCGGUGGGCGGGGCCGUGUGCGAAGCCCUAGCGGCGUACGCGGUGGGUGCCACCACAUACUUGCCGCAGCCCGAACAUGUCGCGUUCGCGCUCGAUCUCAUGGAAAUCGCUCUUAACGUGCACGGACUCAUCGAGACUUGCAUACAGGUAACUAAUCUACUUUACAUAAGUACAUAAACUAUUUGUUUUUAUAUCGCAGAGGAAAUGUGGGAUCAUGGAAUUCCUGUGUAAAGAACGAUUGAUGACAAAUUAGGAAACUGAUGUAUAAAACCAAAGGUUGAACUAAGAAGCCUGGAGAAAGUGAUGACAGUGACCUUAUAUAACCAGCGAACAUGUUAUGAUAGAUGUUAUAAAUCUCAAGUACUCGGGAGACUUACCUAAUGGCGCUCAGUUUUCUAUUAAUUUUGACGUUACAAUCGCACUUCAAUAGAAUCAACUAAUUGCAUUAUACAUAUACACAUCUACCUGAAGUCCAAUAUUAUUAGUGCAAUGACAAGAACUGUGUCAUAAAGAAAUGUAGUUUAAGUGCUUUUGAUUUUCCAUGAUUACGCUAACAGAUAUUAUUAAAAAUAUAUACAUAUAUAUUUUUAUUGUUUUGCUUUCUUAGAUUUUGAAAGAGUUAUCUGAAGUGGAAGGGGCUUUGAUAACACGGGGGGCUCCGAGCAGCGGACUCGCAGCCCCCCGGGCCUACACAUCGGCGCUUGCCCUAUACACAGUUGGCGCUCUAAGAAGAUACCAUUCAUGUCUAUUGCUGUGCGUUGAGCAGACGACAGCUGUCUUCGAACAGCUGUGCCGGCUGGUGAAAUGCGUGGUGAAUCCUGGCGAUUGCGGAUCAGCGGAAAGAUGCGUACUGGCACAACUACAUGAUCUGUACAAAGCGGCAGCCCAUCUAUGUCACGCGCCACAUGCGGAUACCUUUGCCAACGCUUACCCAAAGAUCAAGUAAUUGGAAUGAUUUAUAAAUUAUUUGAAAUUAUUGGUGUAGGUAGAAUUAAUUUUGUUACUUAGAAUCUUUAAUCGUAAUUUUCAUUUACAUGUGCAUAAAGAAAAAAAGUGAACUUGGAUGAAUGCCACAAGGAAGUUAACUUG